UAUGGGCGUCGGCGGAAGUGUGAGCCGUUCCCGGCUGUGGUUGUGGCGAGGGGUAUAGAAGGCGGGGUUGGGUCGGUUCCGGUCUAGGUCCGGAGCGCGGGGUGGACUUGAGAAGGGCUGGGCUGGGCGGCGGGCUGGCGGGCGGGCAAGUGGCCCGGCGGCAUGGGCUGGUGCGCGGCGCGCUGAGGUGGACACGAGCCAGGGGCAUGGCCGGCGCUCGGGCCGCCGCUGCCUCCUCUUCUCCCUCGUCCGGCUCCUCCUCCGCUUCCUCCUCCUCGUCGUCCUCGUCGUCUCCGCCACAGGAGCCGGGGCUUGUUGAGCUGCUGAAAGAGUUUUCCCGGACUCAGUACCGGGCCAAGGACGGCGGCAGCGGCGCGGGCAACGCCAAGGUUGAACGAAUUGAGAAGAGAUGUCUAGAGUUGUUUGGCAGAGAUUACUGUUACAGUGUGAUCCAGAAUGUGAAUGGAGAAAUCUGUGGCCACUAUCCCCGGCACAUUGUGUUCUUGGAGUAUGAGAGCGCUGAAAAAGAGAAAGACACGUUUGAAAGCACUGUGCAGGUGAGCCGACUGCAGGACCUUGUCAAUAGAAGCAAGAUGGCCCGGUGCCGAGGGCGCUUUGUCUGCCCAGUCAUCCUCUACAAGGGCAAGCAUAUUUGCAGAUCAGCAACCCUAGCAGGAUGGGGAGAGUUGUAUGGACGCACUGGGUUCAACUAUAUCUUCUCAGGGGGUUCAGAUGAUGCUUGGGCAGAUUCAGAGGACAUUGCAGAAGAUGACUGUACACUUCGAAGUGCUGACAAUCAACUUUUUGAUAAGGUUAGAGGACAUGACAUCAAAUUGCUUCGAUAUUUAUCAGUCAGAUACAUCUGUGACCUGAUGGUAGAGAACAAGAAGGUUAAGUUUGGCCUAAAUGUCACUUCUUCUGAGAAAGUGGACAAGGCGCAGCGAUAUGCCGACUUUACACUUCUCUCCAUCCCAUAUCCAGGCUGUGAGUUUUUCAAGGAGUACAAGGAUCGAGAUUAUACAGCUGAAGGGCUUGUUUUUAACUGGAAACAGGAUUAUGUUGAUGCACCAUUAAGUAUCCCUAUCACUCUGACUCAAUCUUUGAACAUUGACUGGAGUGAGUACCAGAGCUGGGACCUGGUGCAACAAACACAGAACUACCUGAAACUGCUGCUUUAUAUAAUCAACAGUGAGGAUGACAGCGGGUUGUUGGUGCACUGUAUCUCAGGCUGGGAUCGGACACCUCUCUUCAUCUCCCUCCUACGCCUUUCCUUGUGGGCAGAUGGGCUGAUCCAUGCAACCCUGAAGCCUGCUGAGAUCCUCUAUCUGACUGUGGCCUAUGACUGGUUUCUUUUUGGACACAUGUUGGUAGAUCGACUCAGCAAAGGAGAGGAGAUUUUCUUCUUCUGCUUCAGUUUUUUGAAGCAUAUCACCUCUGAGGAGUUCUCAGCUCUCAAGUCCCAGAGAAGGAAGAGCCUUCCAGCCAGGGACACAGGCUUCACUGUAGAUGACCUUUGUAUCCUGAAAAGGAGUGAUCGGGGCAGUACCACGAGCCUAAGUAGUGACUUCUCCCUUGUCACUGAGAGUUCCCCGGGAGCAACUGGGAGUUUCCCCUAUGAACCUGUGGACCCAAGCUCCACAGCAGCACAGACACAAGCAGCUUGGAGGAAGAAUCAUACAUCUUCUCCCCAGACUGUGCCCUGGAAUCGUCCCCAGCAGUCAGAAGACAGACAACCUUCCUCUCAAGGGACUAUGGAAGCCAAGUUUUCCAGUUCCUCAUCCUCUAACCAUUCUGACAACUUUUUCCGAACGGGAAGCAGUCCCCUAGAGGUCCCCAAAACCAGAUCAGAGGACCACUCCUUGCCCGGAUCCUCCAUCUCUACAGACUAUGGCAGCUGGCAGAUGGUAACAGGCUGUGGCAGUAUUCAGGAGCGGGCAGUCCUGACCACAGACUCCUCUCUCCCUUUCAGCUUCUCGGAUGAGCUCCCUAACAGUUGUCUGUUUUCAGCACCAACUGAACGGGAAUCCAGGUUGGAAGAAGUCCGAUCAACCUUCCUGGCUACGUAUAGUAGCACGGUGGGACUCCAGCCCGGGACAUCCAGUCCCUCCGGGGCCAUCGGGGGUCUCCUGGAGCAGUUUGCACGGGGAGUGGGGUUCCGAGUAUCCAGCAGCACUCUGUGAACCAUCGCAGGCUCCAACAAUCUUCUGUUCCUUGACACCCCCCACCCCCAGCUGAGCCCUGGAGGAAUCAAAGCCAUGAGAACCCUAAAGUGGGGGGGAUUCCCCCCUCAUCCUCUUAGGGAGUCUCUUGCCACCACACGGCAGCCCACAGGAAUGUGCCCAAGCUGUGGGCUGCCUGCAAAACUGUAAACCUCUGACUGUGACCACUACCCUCUCCCCUUUUUCAGUCUUCCAGCCUGGUUGGCCCUCCCUUCCACUGGAAACCAGAGCACUUCAGGGAGCCCUGUGGAGGCCCUUUGUUUUUAUUGCUGGGGAGGGGUCACCUGCACUGAAGAUGAAAUAAUUGUGACACAAUAAAAACGUUGGAAGCAGA